AUGCUUGGCCGCAGCUUGCUCCGAUCGCGGCGAGCGCUCGGCGCGGCCGUGCGCACAGUUUCCCUCUUCCGCGCAGAGCCGGCGCGGCUGGCUCCCCUGUGCGCCGAGCUCGAUUUUUGCCGCACUCCCGGCGCUGGCGACGCUCGCCCAUUGGCCCCGCCGCCGCCGCUCCGGUGCGCCGCGACGCCGGAGGCCGCAGAGCCGCUCACGCCGCUCCUGUGCUUUGGAAGCAUCAGCCUCGGCGUGGACGCUCCUGCGCCCUGCGAGAUGCCCUACCUGGAGCUGCCCCCACUGUCUUCGCUCGAGCCGCUCGCCGCCAAGGGGAAAAAGGGAUGGCGGACGUACCAGCCGAACGUGCUCAAGCGCAAGCGGACGCACGGCUUCCUACAUCGGAUGAGCACCCGAGCGGGGCGCAACACGCUCAGCCGGCGGAGGAGGAAGGGUCGCUGGCAGAUUGCGGAGUGCAGCCCGGCGGCGGCUGUGUUGAUCGGGCGAGGGCGUGGCUGGCGGCCUUCCUUAUUGCUGUUCAGCUGGCCUAA